AUGCCAGAGUGUUAUUUUCGACGGAAUACAUUACCGGAUUGUUUUGAUUUUCGCAUGCAUUUUUGCCUUCUCAAUAAAAUCUCAAAUAAAAUGCUGCGAAAAGCUACUUUUCUUCUCACAAUCACAAGAAAUUAUCAAAAAACCUCCGUUUUAUCGAGCAGAAAGACUAUUGGCGUUCAUCAUCGUGCGAAAAUCUUAAAAGAUGACAACAAAGAUUACGUUGAAAUGCUCGAAGAGGAUCCAGAAUUCGAUGCCGAUUCAGACUUCUUCGACAUGGAUAUCUCGCACAAAGAACACGAAAGAGAGAUGAAACGCCAUCGAGAAAAACUCCCAAAAUGGAUUGUUCGCGACAAAUAUUUCAAGACAACAACGCCGAAUUUCCUCACAUGGGCAGAAAAAGAGCAAAUCCGACAUUUACAUCAACAAGAUCCCGACGAAUGGACUCCCGAACGUUUGUGUCAAUGCUUCCCCAUCGACAUGCAUCACAUUGGCAAGUUGCUUAAAAAUAGAUGGACUCCCAACUCAGCGAAACGAGUCGAAAAACACGAUGCUGCGGCAAAAGAAAAUUGGGAAAAAUUCCGAAGAGGCGAAUUAACGGAAAAAUUACCGCCGAAAUUUGCCAAACACUUGUUAAACUUCAAAGAUCGCGAGAUAGAUUUGUCAGCUUUGCCCAAAUUCGAGCCGAAACCGAGAUUAUCUGACCUUGUAAAGACCGACAAUGACGAAUUUCUGAGUAUUAUCACAUCAGCAAAGAAAUUAUUAGAAGUAGAAGAGCCAAAAAAGGAAGAAAUUAAGCAAAUCGAGUCAAAUGAGAAGCCUUCGAGUUAUGAUAAAAUGAUGAAAGAACUCCCAAAAGAGAUGAGAAAUGAAAAAAUGACCUUGGAUGAGCUCAAAAUGCUGUUAGGGGAUCAAGAUGACCCAGUUGAGGUCGAUGAACCAAUUGAGGCGACAGAAAAAAAGGAAAUUCAAGUUCGACAAAACCCCGCAGGAACGGGAAUUGUACAAAAAUCUCAAAAAAUCGCCUCAAAAUCGAUUGAUUUCCCAAAAAAAUACGAAGUUGGGGUUUUGUCACAGAAAAAUCUGAAUUCAAUGUACAUCGAACCGAUUCAGGAACGAAUUAAAAUCCCGAAAAAGCUGUGGAAGAAAAAUGCAACGUACAAAUAUAAGGAUUGUUUUUACGACGACGAUGGGGAGUUGUUGUAUCGAGUGCCUGGAUUAACAAAAUAAUUUUAGAAAAAUUAAAAAAAUAGUCAAUAAAUAAUUUUUUAAUUAAUUUUAUUUAAUUUUUAUCAACUGGAAU